UCUAGCAAAGCCAUGUCUCAGCAUCUUCGAGAAGAACCCGUGACGACUAACUUACAUCACAUUUAUUGUAAAAUAUUGUAAAACAUCUUGUUUCAGUUCCCUGUCAGAGAUGGGCGAGAUCAGUGAAGCGUCCUUGCUGGAUUAUAUCUGUUCCUCUGGAGGAAAAGUCAAAAAUUCUGAUCUGUCCAAAGCAUAUAAGCAUUUUAUAAACCAUAGCGAUUUGCAGCUACGUGCCAAAUACAGAGAAGAGUUCAAACUCGUCAUUGAUAGAAUUGCAGUGGGGAAAUCUGAAAAUGGGGAGAAAUAUCUUGUCCUCAAGAAGAAGUAUAGACCGCAAAUGCAAGAUCAAGAGCCUGGCUCUGGAAAGGAAGGACAAUCAAUCAAGCAGUUUCAUCCAAACACACAAAAUGAUCUCCAGGUCUCCAAUCCAGGGCAGAACCGUAACCCAACAGCUCAGAAACCAGCACUGGUGGGCUGGUGCUCAGGACCCACGAUUACAGUCACAGAGGCAACAGAACCGACCUAUACAGAUAAUCAGGCCGACAGCACCCUCUCACCGCCAGACGAGGAGAAACCAGACGAGCUUUCAGCUUCAGACAGAGAAGAUGAACUUGACAAGGAUUCAGGGUCAAAGAGUGAAUCCGAGCAGGAUGAGGAGUGUGGAGGCAGUUUGGGAUCCACCCCUGUGGCUCUGGAUCCUCUUGAGAAAGAGUGGAUCUUCUCAGCAGCAAGUGGCAAACUGUCUCACCUUACUCACCUCCUGAAACAAGACUCUUCCCUGGCCAAUAAAAAGGACUUCACCUCAGUAAGUUUGCAACCAAUCAUGCAACACUCCGCUUAUAGUACAAGUUAUAAGUUUGGAGAUGUAUGACUGAAUUAAUAUUUCUGAUAAUUAUUAAAAAC